UAGUUGUAGCACACCAUAUCAUCGCCGUCCUCCUCCCCCUCUUCUCCCUCCCCCUCUCUGUGUAUCUCCGUCGAAGCAUCGCUACACAUCCCACACCACAUCCACAUCGACAUCGACAUCGCACGCGUACCCGCACCCGGACGCCGUGCCCGCCGGCAGUGUAACGCGAAGGCACAAUCACAAUCACAGCCUUUGCUGCCCAGCCCAGCCCAGCCCAGCUCGUGCCAAGCCAAGCUGGAGGAAAGCAAGGACUGGCACUCAGAGAGCAGCCGCUCGUCUGAUGCAGAAUUCGCCGGCCGCGACGACGGCGCACCUCUGCCGGCCAUUCGCAGUAGCAUUAUGCGGCCACUGCGCCACCUGAAUCCUCUGCGUCUGUUCCACCAUCCGUCCUUCUCCUACCAACAACUCCCCUCGUUAUCUGUCGACAGUCUCAACGCCAUCCAGCGGGAUUGGUCGCAGAAUGGCAUCCCCUGGCGCGACGGAACGAGACGAAAAUGUCGCCUGGGUCGAUUGUCGCUCACGAAGAGCAUCGUGCUGGCCGUCGUAGGCCUACUCGUGAUAGCGCUAAUAGGAGGCGGACGCUACCAUCAUCGCAGAGCGAAACUACGAAAAGAGAAGGAUAAGCCGGUGCCAUACUAUUGGAUGCAUUAUAAUCGACUGAAUGGAGUGUACAAUGGAAUACGGACACUGGUCUCAUAUGCACAAUGGCAGCCAGAGAACGGGUACAACAAGACAGAGCCGACCACUUCCAUCAGUCAGGAAAGUGUGCACAACAGCGCUCCGCCCAUGGAGCCUUUCAGCUUCAGCCCAUACCCAGACUACACCUCGCAACACUAUUUGUCGCAGCAUCAACCCGUGCAUACGUGCUACCUGCAUGAAGCCGAGAAAAUAGUGGUGCCCGACGUCCAUGCCUACCCUGGCAUCCCACAACACAUGUCUGAGCCAUUCUAUGGAGACUAUAAGCUGCUUGGACUGAAGGACGAGCUUUGCUUCGAGCGAUUUGGCCGAUAUGGUCCUUACGGAUAUGGCUACAAUGAGACACAUGCUGGCCUGGGACCGGGUAUUGUGUCGGAACAUGCUGGUAGUGAAAAGGCUUUCGCCAAGAUGGGCUUCGUGAGCUAUGACAACAGCACAGACUGGGGAUCUGCUCAGCAAAGGUGCGCAGAGAAAAACAAGGCUCGCUUUGCAGAAGACCAGACGAGUGGAAAGAAGCGUGUGCCGCGCCAGGCAUACGUGCUGCGAAGCUGGACAGGAUUCGAGUACGGCACACAUCAGAUCUAUGCCCUUCGUGCUAUGAUUGCUGAGCUGGCGCUUAAGUCGGGCGCUGAGUAUGAUGUGCACCUUCUCGUCCAUGUCAAGAACAACAGCAAUCCAAUCUGGGCGGACAAAGCUGUCUACCAGCAGACUCUACAAGACAACGUGCCUCGCGAGUUCUGGAACAUCACCACUCUGUGGUCCGAGAAGCAGAUGGAGCUGUACUACCCGGACCCCUUCCCGGACAACUUUGCCAACAUGGCAGGAAGCAAGCUGCAUGGUGUAUACAGAAGCGCACACUUCGCGCUACAAUGGUUUGCCCAGCAGCAUCCCCAAUAUGACCACUUCUGGAACUGGGAAAUGGACAUUCGAUACUCUGGUCACUACUACGACUUCAACGACAAGAUUGGUGAGUGGGCCAAAAUGCAGCCUCGAAAGGGCAUGUGGGAGCGAGCGCGACGCUUCUACAUUCCCAAAUAUCACGGCUCUUGGCAGAACUUCACCAACUUCGUCGAGCAGGAAACCGCCACCACCGACACGGAGAAAAACAAUGUUGAGCAGAGUGGACCUGUUCCGAUUUGGGGCCCUGUACAAGACUUCAAGAACAUGGGCAUGCUCGAACCACGGCCUGAAGUCCUACCUCCCACCACCUAUGAAGCAGACAACUAUGAAUGGGGAGUCGGCGAGGACGCAGACCUCCUCACUUUCAAUCCGAUCUUCGACCCUUCUCUGACGAACUGGGUGUUCAGCUGGGAUAUUUCGGGCUACAACCGCACAUUCCCACCGCCUCCACGAAGAGCCGCUAUCAUUACUGCUGCUCGCCUUUCGAAACGCCUCCUUGAUAUAAUGCAUAAGGAAGUCUGGUUGAUGAAGCACACCAUGUUCCCUGAGAUGUGGCCACCGACUGUCGCAAUGCACCAUGGAUUGAAAGCAGUCUACGUGCCUCACCCCGUCUUCUUCGAUCGAGAUUGGGAUCUAGCAUACAUGAACCAAGUCUUCAACUAUCCAACCAAUACCUGGGACUCACCAUUCGGGUGGGGUGAACACAACCUUCUUGGAAGCUCAUUCUACUACAACUCCGGGUUUUCUGGCGCGCUGUGGCGAAGAUGGCUCGGGCAAUGGGAGAACGGCGAAGGUGGGAAGAGGCUGGAAGAGGAGGGCACGGGCAGAAUGUGUUUGAGAGGAAUCUUGCACCACCCAAUCAAACACGAAAAAGGGCCUGAAGACGCAUGACGCUGAAUUGUUGUGCUUUGUACAUCUCUGGCUUUCUUGGAUACCUGGAUACCACAUCAUGCAUAUUGAUGGCGAGGCGUUGUGAGGCAUGGUAGCAUUGUUUGGCGCACUGCAGGGUCAGUGAACCCCGUCUUGGAAAGGAAUUAGGAGACAAGAGUCAUGUACAUACGAUGGCGGGUUUCGAGGAGUGUUCGUGCGCUAUCGCCUGAACUCGCGAGCACAGAUAGAAGACGAUGAAUAGACACUCGAAC